UUUUUUAUCUUUCCCGUUGUUUGAACGACUCCCGGCGACGCUGACAGUUCCGGCGCACGUCACCCUAAUUGUUGUGUACGGAGUUCAGUAUAUAUUGCAAUCUGCAAUGUAUGGUCGCUCCUCGUCUUCUCCAUGUUCCAUGCCGCCUCCGCUGCAAGGAUCAUAAACAAACACUACACGAUAAAUACGACCGACGACUGCGUGAGAAGAAAAGAUCGUGCAUCUGAUCGUGAUCGGGGUGUGCGUGCGUUGCCCCUGCUGCUCCUCUGGUCCGGUCAGGCACACAGCAAAGCCAGCGCAAGUCGUCGUCGCGGUACUCAAGUGAGAUCCGGGUCGGGGAUCCAGGAUCAGGUGAAGGCGAUCGAGCGCGGCGGCGGGGAUGGACGACGAAGAUGCGGCGGCGAUCGAGGGCGGGCAGCUCGCGCCUCUUCUCGGAAGCCGAAGCGCGGGCUCGCCGUCGCCGGACGCGUCGCUGCUCCGCCGCCUCUACGCCGGCCACGGCCUCGCUAGAUGGGGCGCCAGGAUGUGGGAGUUCUCGGUUGGGCUGUACAUGAUCCGCAUCUGGCCAGGCUCGCUGCUCUUCACGGCGAUUUACGGCGUCGUCGAGUCCUCCUCCGUCGCCGUGUUUGGUCCCAUAGUUGGGACACUGGUCGAUAAGCUCACGUACCUUCAGGUCCUUGGCCUAUGGCUUCUAGUCCAAAGCCUGUCCUUCAUCGUCGCCGGAGCGUCAGUAACGGCCCUGCUUGUUUACGACGACCUGAAAGCCACAAGCUUCCCUGUUUUCAUGGCGCUGGUGAUCGUGACCAACGUGUCAGGUGCGCUAGCAGCGCUCUCAACACUCGCCGGAACCAUACUGAUCGAGAGAGAAUGGGUGGUGGUGAUCUCGAGCGGGCAUCCUCCUGCAGUACUGACGGGGAUCAACUCGGUGGUCCGGCGGAUCGACCUGAGCUGCAAGCUGCUGGCCCCUGUCUUCUCCGGCCUCGUCAUCAGCUUCGUGUCGGCGCAGGCCUCCGCGGCAGCUCUGGCGGUGUGGAACGUCGCCUCGGUGGGGCUGGAGUACUGGCUCUUCGUCUCCGUGUACAAUGGCGUGCCUGCGCUCGCUGAGAGCAACCGGGUGAGAACACCUGAUGCAGCUGAGGCCAUGUCGCCGUCAUCGUCGUCGUCGUCGUCGUUGGAGAGCGUGACACCGACGGCGAAUGCGCUGGAUUGGAGGGCUAGGAUGACGGAGCAGCUAUCCAUCAUACCAUGCUGGGAGUCAUGGGUGGUGUACCUGAGGCAGGACGUCGCGCUCCCAGGCGUCGCUCUCGCCUUCCUCUACUUCACCGUCCUGAGCUUUGGCACCCUGAUGACGGCGACCCUAGACUGGAAAGGCAUACCAGCGUAUGUCAUCAGUUUGGCAAGGGGUUUCAGCGCCAUCGUCGGCAUCGGCGCAACGCUGAUGUACCCUGUGGUGCACUCUUGGGUGUCCACGCUACGAACAGGGCUGUGGUCCAUUUGGAUGCAGUGGUGCUGCCUGCUGGUGUGCGUGGCCUCCAUCUGGGCGGCCAGCGACGUGGCGUCGGCGUGGAUGCUGAUGGCCGGCGUCGCCGCGUCGCGCCUAGGGCUAUGGAUGUUCGACCUCGCCGUGAUGCAGCUGAUGCAGGACGGCGUGGCCGACCACGAGCGGUGCGUCGUGGGUGGCGUGCAGAAUUCGCUGCAGUCCGUGUUCGACCUGCUCACCUAUGUCAUGGGCAUCAUCAUCUCCGAUCCCAGGGAUUUCAGCGAGCUGAUCGUGUUGUCGUUCUUCCUGGUGACCUGCGCUGCAGCCAUGUACACGCUGCACGUCUACCGCGUGCGCAAGCACCUCUUCCACUUCGACAAGAUCCUCGCCAAGAUCAGCUGGAACAAAGUUUCAUGAAUUGAUUAUAUGGCCGGUUGGCAAAGCAAGCAGAUAUUUCCUUGCUCCUAGCUACUGUAAAUUGCUGAUUUGACACUGGGUUUGAAAUACCCGGAACGGAGUAUACUGGCUGCGCUUGUAAACAGUUGUGCUCCCCCCCCCCCCCCCUCUCUUCCAGUGUGCAGAAAAUUGUAUAAUUUAGGAACAUUUUUACCAAGUAUCAACUGUAGGUGAACUGGAAUUUCCUAAAACAAAGCGUUAAGACUGAAGGAUUUUAAUCCAAGAUAGUGUGAUUGGAUCAGGGUUUUUUUUUAAAUGUGGGCUUCAAAGUUGUAAUGAGAAAAUGGGCCAAUACAUACAAACCAAGAAAAUCCUCUGUCA